UCCAAUGUUAAAGUGGAAAGCAAGUCUUUCUACUAAUAUUUGCCUUAAAUCGCGGGUUUUAUCAUUCUCUGGGUCGACAGGAAGUGCCAAAGAUAUCGUUGUUUGAAUCUAUGCUGUGAAAUCGCUAGAAAUAGCCAAUACUUUGGUAAAGAUAACGUACAGACUAAAAUGCUGAACAACUUGUGGAGAAGCUUCAGUAUUUCGUGAAAUGUAACGCAGUGCAUAUCAGCUAACGGUUUCUGUGUUAAUCAUUCUACUGUAGUGACUUCAGACUUUGAGGCGAUGGAAGCUCUCAACUUUGGCUCUGUUCUUGGAGUAUCAUUAUCAUGACAAGCAAGAAGCUCACGGAAUUGUCUUAUACAACAAAUUAUGGUUAACAAAACCUUCGUCGGGAAACCGAAAGUCAGAAUUCGAACGCUACCAUGGACGUUUGUGUGUUGUUGUUUGGUAAUCAUACCAGCUUCAGCUCAACAAUACGUAUUUCACGUUCAAGAAGAAUUAGCACCUGGAGCUCCUGUUGGGACCAUUAAAACUUUAACAGGAGCAACAUAUUCAAUUGAAGGAAAUCCAUCAAGGUUUACGCUUAAUUCUCGAACCGGUGCAAUAACUACGGCAUCGCGUAUCGAUCGAGAGACUUUGAGCACAAAUCCGAUUACUUUGCAAGUUCGUUCGUCGUCCUCGUCAACGCUUAUCGACGUGCUUGUGCAUGUGGACGAUAUCAAUGACAAUUCACCAGAGUUUUCUGCAUCCAUUUAUGCGGUAAAUAUUUGGGAAAAUGUUAUGGUUGGAACCAAGUCUUCGUUAGAAUCAGCGACUGACAAGGACGCUGGCCAAAAUGGUACUUUAGACUAUGCUAUUGUGUCUGGCAACGAAGCUGGGAAAUUUAAACUCGGUAGAAAUUAUACUGAAUGCAAUGACUCUCUGUUGUGUAUUAUUACUCAGGGACAACUUGAUCGCGAGGAUGUAGCAUUUUACGAGUUGAACAUCUCUGCAAGCGAUCGUGGAAAACCUUCGCUGCAUGCUUAUUGUUUGUUAAAUAUUACAAUUUUGGAUUUAAACGAUAACAAGCCGGUGUUUACAAGUAACUUGUACAAUGCUUCCUUGAAUGAAAACACUCCAGCUGGGGUGGAUAUUUUAUCUGUGACUGCAACAGAUUUGGAUCAGGGCUUAAAUGGUGAAAUAAUUUAUUAUUUCGCGAACGACAUAGACAGUCUGAACAAUGAUGCAAGCAUGUUCGAAUUAAAUGCUACCACAGGAGUCAUUAGGACACUAAACCCUCUAGACUACGAACUUAAAAAGUCUUACAUCUUUGAAGUUUUCGCCAGAGACAAACCUGAAGAAGGACAGGGGAAUGUAAACAAAACAACAGUACACAUAGUUAUACAAGAUGUCAACGAAAACGAACCAAAAAUACAAACUAUUUAUACAAUUCCGGCUAAAGUUUCUGAGGCGUCCAAGAGUGGCACAGUAAUAGCAACAGUCAUUGUGAACGAUCUUGAUAAUCCUUCCAGUCCAAAUGGCCAAAUUGAGAUGUCUCUUUCAAACACAAAUGGAAGUUUUGAGUUAAUCUUGGUCACAUAUCAAGCACGCAUAGGCUUUAUGUACAGACUUCAGACCAAGGGUGCUUUAGAUCGUGAAAUGUUUGCAGCUUACAACAUCACAGUGACUGCCAAAGAUAAAGGGAAACCUGUUCUUUCUACAUCUGCUCAUGUGUUGGUGUCAGUUGUUGAUGUAAAUGAUGAAGUACCAACAUUUCCCAAGUUGAAUUAUCAAGCAUCAGUCAGUGAAAUUGCACAGAAUGGAAGUACAGUUUACUCUGUUCAAGCCUUGGAUUCUGAUGGAGGAUCUAAUGGUCAGAUUUCUUACUCAAUUUUAAGUGGUAAUUCCUUGAAUUGGUUUCAAAUUGACUCAUUCUCGGGUCUCAUCACCACUGUGGCACCUCUAGAUAGAGAAGUUUCCAAGCAGAUUUCCCUGACUGUGCUUGCCAAGGACAGUGGAUCACCGCCUCUCAAUAGCAGCACUGUGGUAACAGUAACAAUUAAGGAUGUGAAUGAUAACAGGCCCACAUUUUCUAAGAAUGCUUACUUUGAAACAUUAGCUGAGAAUUUGAGUCCAGGAACAGUUGUGAUGACACUGAAUGCGACAGAUAAUGAUGGGGGUGAUAAUGGCAAUGUGACAUACAAAAUUGAUUCUGCGCCUCAACAAGUAUUGAAUACCUUCAGCCUGGAUCCUCUCAGUGGUGUCCUUACUACCAAAGUUAUUCUUGAUCGGGAGACAAGGAGCUCUUACAUGAUCCCAGUGAAGGCUUCUGAUCAUGGAAAUCCCAGGCUGUCAUCAUCAACUUUAGUGCAGUUGAAUGUUGGUGAUGUUAAUGAUAAUCGUCCAGUAUUUUACCCUGUUACUUACGUGGAAAGUGUGUUGGCAACUGCACAGCCCACAGUUAUCACCCAGGUGACGGCAACGGAUGCUGAUGAUGGCACAAAUGCACAGAUUAUCUACGCAAUCGCAGCUAGAAAUAAUGGUAAUUUCUCCAUCAAUAGCUCUACAGGGGAGAUCGUAUCAUUGCCACCUCUCACUGAAGGUUUUUACAAGCUGAACAUCACUGCCCGUGACUUGGGUGGUCUUUAUGCGAAAACUUCAGCUGCUGUUGAGAUCACUGUGCAAGGAAAAUCUGAUGACCCUCUAAAAUUUGAACACAAUAUCUACAACUUUUCAGUACAUGAGAAUGUACCUUCUGGGACAUAUGUUGGACAGGUUGCUGCUACUACUAAAAACAACAACAACAACAACAACAGCAUUCAGUAUGAGAUUAUUUCUGGUGAUCCGCAACACCAUUUUACUGUGGAUGGUUCUGGUGGAGUUAUUAUGGUCAAUGGACUUUUGGACAGAGAAAAGAAAGCAAACUAUUUCUUGAGUGUGACAGCAAAAGCACAUCCCUCAUCAGCAACCACAUCUGUGAAGAUAGAUGUUCUGGACAGAAAUGACAACCAGCCAGUAUUCAAGUCUCCUAGUGCUCAAGUGACCAUUGAUGCUAACUGGUCAGUAAACACAAAAAUUUAUGUGACAUCUGCCACUGAUGAGGAUGCUGGUCUGAAUGGAUUGGUUCAUUAUCAGUUGACUGCAGAUGGUAAUGGCCUCUUCAAGGUGAAUGCGACAUCAGGAGCAGUUUCUCUGUCCAGGAAGAUAACCAACAUUGAUGAUUCUGAAUAUGUGGUGCGAGUGAUUGCAUCUGAUGAAGGAGCUCCUCCGCUUCACUCUUCCUUCAUGUUAACUGUCAAUAUUAUCACUUAUCAUCCACCACAAUUUUUGUUUUCAUCCCUUGUGGCAGAUAUCCCUAGGGAUUUACCUGUGGGAAAGCAUUUUCUUCUUGUUGUUGCUGUUGAUCCAGAUCCUGGUGUCAAUGGAGCACUAACCUAUGCAAUUGAUUCAACAGGCAAUGAAGAAGGACUGUUUGGAAUUUCUUCUCAUGGUGCACUCUUUGUAAAUAAACCACUCAGCAAAGCAAAUGGCACAUCUACCAUUUCUGUUUCGGCAACUGAUAUGGGAACCCCACCUCUCAAAGCUUUCAUCACAGUGACUAUCAAUGUGAAGAGCUCUAUUCAGUAUCAAGCCGUAUUUGCUAAUGACACUUUUGAAUUUUUUAUUCUGGAAAACCAACUUCCUGGCACCACUGUUGGCCACCUACUUCUAAGUGACAGUGGUUCUUUGAAAACCAAGAAAAUAACUUAUUCUCUUGUUGAGGCUCAUGAUGAUUUUGUGGUGGACUCUGAUACAGGACGAAUCUUCACCAGAGGAAUGUUUGACCGUGAACAACUAGUUGCUCACAGUGGAAAGAAUGCGUUGACUUUUCUAGUCAAGGCAGAAUGCAGUGACACAUCACUGAAGCAAGAUUCUGCAGUAGUGAUUGUGACUGUUAAAGAUCAGAAUGACAAUCCUCCAGAGUUUCGCCGUUCAUUGGCUUUUAUCACAGUCCAGGAGUUUUCUGGAUUAGGAGUUGUUUACAGAGUGAUAGCUUCCGACCCUGAUGAAGGAGAUAAUGCCAAGUUUAAUUUCUCUAUCGUUGGUGAACCAAAAUCUGAAGUGUUCUGGAUUGACCCACUCAGUGGAAAUCUAUUCCUUAACAGCUCACUUGACAGAGAAAACAUGGAUCAUUAUAGUCUAACUGUGCAGGCCACAGAUAUUGCAGAUGCCUCCUUGUUCUCUCAAAAGCGCCUAGAAGUUAUUGUCGGAGAUGCCAAUGACAACAAGCCCAACUUUACAAAGGAGUUUGCCACAGUGAAUGUUUCUGAGAGUUUGCCUGUAUCUUCCCAAAUAGCUGUUGUCCAGGCAACAGACAGAGACGAAGGGGUCAACUCUGAGAUUGCAUAUGCCAUCUCUUCUGGGAAUUUAGAGGCUGUCUUUGAUAUCAACCACUUGACUGGGGAGGUGUUUCUCAUCAAGUCUCUGAACUUUGAAAGAACAAGGAGUUACACUCUGAACAUUACUGCUGAUGAUCGUGGGAAUCCACCUCAGUCUGCAGUGUUGCAACUCACAGUCAAUGUCCUCAAUGAAAAUGAUGCUCCUGUGUUUGUUGAUGAACUUAAUACUAUCAGUGUUCAAGAAGAUUGCAUCGUUGGGAAGACGAUUGGACAGUGCUCAGCAACUGACGAGGACAGUGGAGAAAGUGGCCGCAUAAUAUUUAGCAUUGAUAGGCAAACACCUCUGGAAGAAAUGGCAUUCGAGAUAAACCCAACUACCUGUGUGAUUACCACAAAACGAGAACUUGACCGUGAACACACCAGCCUCUACAAACUUGUAAUUAGGGCACUAGAUAAUGCAAAUUCCCCAAUGCAGCUCUCAGCAACAAAAGAGAUCAUUGUUGUUGUAAAGGAUGUGAAUGACAACAGUCCCAGAUUUGUAACUGCACCAGCUGUUGUAGUGAAUGGUCAUGAAACUCCUAAUGAUGUUAUAGCAACUCUUUCAGCCUAUGAUAAGGAUGCUGGAACUAAUGGUUUGGUCACCUACAACAUGAAUAAUGACAACAUUUUCCAAUUGAAUGCCACCACAGGACAGUUAUCCUUGAAAUCAAGGUUACUUUCUCAGAACUUACCAUUGAAUUUUACAGUAUCAGCCACAGAUGGUGGAUCACCUCCCCAUAGUACAAAUGCUUUAAUAACAGUGUUCAAGAAAGGAGGGGUAAACAACAAAAUCGCCUUCAGCCAGGCAGUCUACAGAAGCUCUGUGUUUGAAAAUAUCACCAAUGGGACAUCUGUGACUAAAGUUCAAGCAGCUGUUCGUGGACCACACAUCAAGUACUAUAUCACCUCUGACUCCAGCAAUGGUUCAUUUAUCUUAGAUCCUGAUAGUGGAGGAAUCACAACUGCCUUUGAGCUUGAUCGCGAGAGUUUCUCCACCUCGACUUUUGUGCUGACUGUAUAUGCAGUUGAUUCUACGGGACCAAGUCCAAAGACCGGAAAUGCAACAGUUGAAAUUUCUCUUAAAGGUAUCAAUGACAACAGCCCUGUAUUUGAGUCAAAUGUCUAUAGAUCAAGCGUGAGGGAAUACUCAUCACCAGGUGUCAGUGUUACUACUGUUUCUGCAGUCGACAAGGAUGUUGGAUCAAAUGCCCAGGUUACUUAUUCCAUCGUAAGCGGUAAUGAUGCGAAUGUUUUUCUAAUAAAUGGCUCAACUGGUGUAAUAACUGCUGUUGAAAUACUGAACCAGAGUUCUAAAUCUGUCUACAAGUUAACUGUGAAUGCAACAGAUGGUGGAUCUCCCAAACGGUUCUCAAGCUGUAGUGUUGUAGUGACAGUGCUUCCUGCUAACAACUAUGCACCAAAGUUUCCCCGUCCUUUCUAUUCAUUCAAUGUCCAGGAAGAGACAGCGGUCGGCGUUAUAUUUGGGACAGUCACUGCCUCAGACCGUGACAGUGGAUCAAAUGGGAGAAUUAGGUACAGCUUAACAGGCAACCACAAGGAAGUCUUCUCAGUGGACCCAAUCAGUGGAAAAUUAAAGGUUGCAAAAUGGCUCGAUAGAGAGGAAGUUGAAAUCUACAUCUUGAACGUAUCAGCAAGUGAUCAGAGUGACCCAUCUUUGUUUGCUUACACUGAGGUUUAUGUGAAUGUUUUGGACAAAAAUGACAAUGCUCCCCAAUUUAAUCCAAGUUCAUACUCAAUGAGUGUCUCAGAAGGUAGUGGAAUUCACAGCAAUAUUGUGACUGUCACAGCUACUGAUAAAGACUUUGGCUCCAAUGCUCUUCUUACUUACGCAAUACUUUCAGGAGAUGAUGACCGCACCUUCUCUAUUCAUCCUAAUGGCACUAUUUACAACCUUAAAGAAUUCGACCGUGAAAAAAAGAGCUCUUACUUUCUCACCAUCAUGGCCAGAGACAAAGCAGUUCCAAUUUCAGUACAACUUUCCAGCACAGCUACUGUCACGGUGGAUGUAGGUGAUAUCAACGAUAACAAGCCAUACUUUAUAUCCAGUAAUAUCACUCAUGUAUCUGAGCAUGCUUCAACGGGUGAUGUUGUCACAACUGUUCUCGUAGUCGAUCUGGACGCUGGAAGUAAUAGCGAGGUUAGCUUUAGUCUCGCUAACGAUGCUCUGGUUCCCUUUACCAUAGGUACGAGUGAUGGUGUGCUGCGAGUUGCUGGAAUAUUGGAUCGCGAAAUUCAAGAGGAGUACGUGGUAAAAGUGGUAGCAAUCGACAGGGGUGUUCCAGCAAAGCACGCAGAAUUUGAGAUGACUGUGAUAAUUGAUGACUACAAUGACCAUGUACCGGUAUUUAAGCCUAGUCCACCUGAGGUGCAAGUUUACGAGAAUAUUUCCAUUGGAAGUGAAGUUGCCCGCUUUUCAGCCACAGAUAAUGACAAAGGAAGCAAUGCAGAGGUGACCUUUGCUGUCGUUGCAGGACGUGGAGAUGGAACUUUUGAGAUAAAUCCCAGAAAUGGGAUCCUCCGCACCAUUCGGUCCCUGGACAGAGAGACCACACCCAAUUACACCGUUGUUGUUCGAGCAUCUGACCUAGGAGUACCGUCCAUGUUUGCAGACAGAGAUUUGGCGAUUAUCUUACGAGACGUUAAUGACGACACGCCCACCUUUUUUGAAUCUUCUUACACGAGACAUGUUGCUGAAAACCAGCUACAAGCCAGUGUAAUCACUUUGAGGGCUGUGGACAAUGACGAAGGUAGAGAUGGCAGUGUAACGUACAGUAUCAUCCAAGGUAAUGAACGUGGUGCUUUUACUGUCAACAGCAACACUGGCCAAGUAGGACUCAGGAUUUCUUUGGAUAGAGAAGAACAGGAAGAGUAUAGACUGAGAGUCCAAGCUAAAGACGGAGGGUCUCCUCCUCGGACAGCAGAAACUGAACUCAUUGUGAAAGUGGAUGACAAAAAUGACAAUUCCCCCGUGUUUAGUCCAGACAGAUUGAGAGCUUCAGUAAAAGAAAAUGCUCCCGCAGGCACAAGUGUGUUCCAAGUAACUGCAACGGAUGCUGAUACGGGAACCAACGGAAAAAUCACAUACUCCCUGUCCAAAAGUUUCGAGUGGUUUGAAAUUGACCGUGAUACUGGGGAAAUAACAAUCAAACCCAGCGCUCGCCUCAAUCGUGAACUUAACUCAGAGUUUGAGCUGGAAUUGCUCGCCACUGAUGGAGGAAUUUUUAGUCGAGAAGGGAAAGCGUGGUUACUUCUAACUGUUGAAGAUGAGAACGACAAUGAUCCAAUAUUUGAUUCUGCUCUGUACACAGCUACAGUAGCACCAGCAGCCCCUCCAGGUACUUUUGUCCUGAUGGUGUCAGCUACGGAUCAAGAUAUAGGCCCUAACGCUGAAACAGAAUACACGAUCACGAGUGGACUUUCUCCCGUCUUCAGUCUCGCACACAAUACAGGUAUUGUUUCAGUGGCUCAGAACGUUCCCCAAAGCCCCUCGUCAUAUACCUUUACUGUAAAAGCUACUAAUGUAAAUGCUCCCCAACGCUCUGCUUCUACAAAAGUGCAAAUUGAUGUGGCGACGGGAACAAUACCUGUAUUCCAACAUCCGGACCAGACAAUCACAGCCUCUGAGCAUGCACCAGUGGGCGCUAAAUUGGUAACUGUAAAUGCCACUGGUCACAUAAUGUAUUUUAUCGCCGCGGGAAACAUCGGAGAUGUUUUUGAAGUGGGCAAGCUUGGUGGAGACGUAACUAUUAGGUCGCCUUUGGAUUAUGAGGCACGCACAAACUACACUUUGAUCGUCGGCGCGAAGGCAGCUGGCAGCCAACCACUGUCAGGUUUUGUGACAAUUCACGUAAAUAUCGCAGACGAAAAUGACAACCUUCCCGUGUUCAGUAAGAACAUUUAUCGAGCUGACAUUCGCGAGGAACUUCCAAUAAAUACAACAGUUCUGUGGGUGGCAGCCUCCGAUGCAGAUUCCUUGACUUAUGGCAAGGUGGAAUAUAAAUUGGUCCCGGGUAACAUGCAGGCUAGUUCAGCUUUUACAAUUUCUGCCAAGAACGGGCGUAUCUCCACUAAAAUCCAAUUCGACCGCGAAAAUAUCUCUUCAUACACUUUUAUGGUUCGCGCUGAAGAUGUGGCAAACAAAUCCAUGGCAAGCGAAGCUGCUGUUAUAGUCAACGUACUAGAUAUCAAUGACAACAUCCCUGUUUUCGAGGAUCCUCUGACUGCAGCCGUGUACGAGAACGCUACUGUAGGAAGCUUGGUGGCAUCGCUGAAGGCUGACGAUGCCGACACUACCCAGGUCAGCACUCGUUUGAAGUUUGAAUUCACUUCCGGUGGAAAUCCAGACAAUGCUUUUGUUCUUGACACAUACAGUGGUAGGUUGACUCUGGGUAAGGAUUUAGAUCGAGAGAAACAAUCGCACCACACUCUACAAGUCAAAGUGAGUGACUCACAAUAUACAACUACGUCCAACUUUACUGUGAUUGUUUUAGAUGUCAAUGACAACCCUCCAAAAUUCAUCUCAGAUCCUAUGACACACCAAAUCCGCGAAAAGUUUCCUGUUGGAGCACCUGCUAUGAACGUAAGUGCAACUGAUGACGACUUCGGUACUAAUGCCGAGAUUUUGUACUCGAUUCUUCCGUCACCUGCAAGCGAUGCAUUCACAAUUGACCGCCAGACGGGUGUUCUUCGCCUUUACAGAGAAUUGUUGUAUCACAAGCCAAGUGCUACUGGAAACAAGAACUUCUAUAAUUUGACAGUGAAAGCAUGGAAUCCGUAUACGCCAUUCCACGAGAAGACGGUUGACGUUGUGAUCGAGGUGACCGAUAUCAAUGAUCAUGCCCCGAUGUUCAAGUCUUCAUCGUUUGAGUUCUUCGCUGUUGUUAGUUCAACAGCCGGUGAGACGGUUGGUCGGGUAGAAGCGGUCGAUGAUUGGGAUGACGGCGCAAAUGCGCUAGUACGAUACAAGGCAGUCAGUGGAAACGGUUCAUCAUUGUUCAACAUAGAUGCAGAUAGUGGAAAUGUUACCGUGGGUAGAACUUUAAACGUCCUAGGUUUGUACAUCAUAAUGGUCAAAGCUCAAGACUCAGGGGUGCCAGUAAAGGAAAGCGUUACCAACGUCUACGUGGAAGUUGUCGAAGUCAAUAGCUUCCCUCCAGAGUUCCCAAGUGGCCAGAUUGUUCUUUCCAUAUCCGAAACAAAGGCUGUUGGAGAUGAAGUUGUCAAAGUUGAAGCCAAAGAUAAGGAUACUGGUACGAACGGCCAAGUAUCCUAUCACAUCGAGAGCAGCACUCCGCCGGGAUUCUUUGGAAUUGGUCGUAACAACGGAUCAAUUUUUGUGAUAAAGCCGCUGGAUUAUGAAGUUCACAAAACAUUUUUACUUUCGGUUGUGGCUACUGACGGAGGGAAAAUUGCCCGCACGGACACACAGACUGUUCGAAUAACACUCAUAGACUUAAAUGAUAACCGACCAGUCUUUACAAGUAAAGAAUACCACGGUUAUAUACCCGAGAAUACAGCUCCUGGGAAGCUGAUAAUUGCCGUGACGGCACAAGAUCCUGAUACAGGUAACGCCGGGAAAGUUGAGUAUAGCAUCUCUAACACUGCACUACGGAGCUCAUUUGAAAUCAAUUCAGGAAGUGGGGAAAUAAAGAGCAAGGUUACCUUCGACUAUGAAGUGCAACGGCUGUACGAAUUGACCAUCAUGGCCAAAGAUACGGGUACGCCCCCUUUGAUCUCACAACCAAUGGCCAAAGUUUUCAUACACGUCACUAGUGUCAAUGAAUUCACCCCCAAGUUUAACAAGUCGUUGUUCACGGCUUCUGUGGCCGAGAACGCACCGGUCGGGCAGUCUGUGACACGGAUAUACGCCACUGACCAAGACAAAGGACCUGACGGUGAAAUUGUGUUUCUGCUGGUUGGUGAAAGUAAAGACCUGGGAUUCAAGCUCGAUAGAACCACAGGGGUUUUGAGUGUCUCAGGAGGCCUGGACAGCGAGAAAGCUGGUUUAGUAACACUUCGGAUUCUCGCCAAGAACACGUUACAAACGAGCGUGACACCUAAUACUAGCGAUCUGGCAACUGUAAUCGUGACUGUUACGGAUGCCAAUGAUGCUCCCCGGUUUCUGAAAAAUAUGUAUAACGCCCUAGUGAAGGAAGAACAAACUGCUGGUCAACUUGUUACCAACGUCACAGCUGUGGAUGAUGAUAUAGUGAAGCAACCAACAAGAAUUACCUAUGGAAUUGUGGCUGGUAAUACUGGAAAUACCUUUAAAAUCGAUAAAACCACUGGUGUGAUAACGACAGCAAGGAAAUUAGACAGAGAAAGUAUUGCACACUACCGUUUGACUGUAAGUGCUACAGACCAAGGGCGGCCGCCUAUGUCAGGUAACGCCACUGUCAAUGUUAAGGUUGAUGACAUCAACGAUAAUGCACCUCAUUUAUUUUCAAAUUGCACGGGCAUGAUCGAGGAAAACCAACCCGCUGGUACCACAGUGGUGACCCUGCAGGCUCAUGAUCGAGAUAUUGCUCCAAAUCGAGGACCAUACACCUUUGCCAUCAUUGGCGCUGACAGUGGAAAGUUCCAAGUGAGUAGCAGUAGUGGUGAGAUCACAACCAGAGCUAAGCUGGACCGAGAAGCGAUCUCUUUCUACAAUUUGUCGAUCAGGAUCACGGACAAUGGUAAUCCGAAGCUCCAGGCUGUGUCACAUUGUCAGAUGCUUGUUCAGGAUGUGAACGACAAUCCACCCCAGGCAACCUCGCGUGUGGUGCACGUGAACGGCCUUAACAGCUUUGCAUCUGGGCCAGUAGCCAACGUCCCACCUAAUGACCCGGAUGUUGACGACAGACUGACCUGUCAGAUCAUCCGAGAUGGCGAAGGAUUGUUUAGAUUCACUCCGGGAAGCUGUAUAUUGAGCACAAACAAGAGGUACGGCGGUAGUGCUGAACUGGACAUAGUGGUGAACGGAUCUGACGGAAGAUCUGCUGUAGAAUACAAUAUUAAAGUGCGUUUUGUCGCCUACAACUCGUUAACCAUCAACAGCAGUGUAACGUUGCGAGUGAUGAAUACAUCUCCUGAGACUUUCCUUGCACGGUCCUAUCAGAAGUUUUUAGAUGCCAUCAACCGCAUUCUUCCGGCUGGCCAUGUGUCUCAGCUUUUCAGUAUAAAGUCAAUUGCAGGCGGUUUCGUCGAUUUGUCGAUCGCUGUGAAAAAGGCAACUUCCGACCAGCACAUGGUGCGAGAGACUCUAUCUGACCUGCUGAGCCAAAACAAAGCUGAUCUGGAGAGAAAUGGUAACGUGCAAAUCCAACAGGUCGACUACACACCCUGCACUGCUUACAGCCCCUGUCAAAAUGGCGGCGAGUGCACAAGUUAUAUUCAAACUCAAGGAACAACGAGCACAUUAAACUCAGUGCCUGUAGUGUUCUUGUCUGUGGAUUAUGAUUGGCGCUUCAUUUGCGUGUGCAAACCGGGUUACAGAGGAGAGAGGUGUGAGAUCAGCGAGAAAGGCUGCAGCUCUAAACCGUGCAAGAAUGGCGCUACCUGCUUGGAUAGAGAUCACUCUUACAAAUGCCUGUGCCCAGCUGGAUUUAACGGACCCACCUGCGCUAGUGACAUCGAUGAGUGUGCCAAUAAACCGUGCAAGAACGACGGAAAGUGCGAAAACCUGGCGGGAAGUUACCAGUGCCAUUGUAAGCCUGGUUACUUGGGGAAGAACUGCUCGUCUGGGUUCGAUUUCUGUCGAGUGUCUUCGCCUUCUAGUUGGGCCCCGCCCAAGUGCACCUGCACCUCUGGGAAAGCUUGUCAAUGCUCCUGUAUCGGCUUUCAAUCUGUGUCCUAUCUAAAACUGCCAACCCUGAGCAGCCAACAGCAAGGAAAGUUUAAUAACAUCACGUUCGAGUUUUCUACCACCAAGAGCGAAGGGCUGUUACUUUACAACUCGGACGGGAAGUACAGCGUGGAUUCUGAUUUCAUCGCCAUACAGAUCGUCGGUGGUAAGAUACAGAUGUCGUUUAAUCUCGGAUAUUCCAGGAGGGCAGUUGUUGUGGAAACUGGUCAGUCUGUGAGCGACGGACAAUGGCACACACUCACGGUUAUAAGAAAUAGGAAGGUUGGUGAAGUGACUGUUGAUUCGUCCCGUACAGUGUCCAUGGUUUCCGAAGGACAGCUAGAGAAACUAGACUUAAACAACUCGCCCUUGUUUCUCGGCGGUUUAAAGGACUUCGAGCAAUCCCUGGAUCACCCGGGCAAACACAUUCAGACUGACGAUUUUCUUGGCUGUAUGCGAAAUGUCUUCAUCAAUGGCAUAAAACUGGACCCAAGUACUGCCACGAAGUCCGCUGGCAUCAUUGACAGCUGUCCACGGUUAGAUCAGUGUGCUACAAACCCUUGCAAGAAUGGGGGAAAGUGUGUGGAUUACUGGUUUGAGUAUAUAUGUGAAUGCCCGACAGGAUUUAGUGGAAGGAACUGCGAAAAAGCGUUAAUCCCGGUGAAGUUUGGCUUGGACAGCUUCUUAGAGCUGCAGUUUAAGGACAGUUACCGUCGUGAGCAGCAGCGAAAAGAAAAAGAAAGAAUCUCGUCUCGGAGGAGACGAGCAGUUACUUUCCACCAGGAACAGUUCUCAUUCAGAUUCCGUACUCGGAACAUGAACGGCCUUCUCCUUCUCGCCAGUGAUUCAACCACAGCUGUGUCCUCCGGCUACACUGUAUUGGAGAUCAAAUCUGGCAAUCUCAAGUACAGCUUCGGAAAUGAGGGUAACGUCGCCAGCUUUGAAGUCGAAUCUUCCAGUGUGUCUGACGGCGAGUGGCAUAACGUGACAGUCAGUCAUGUUGAUAAGAGCGUGACAGUCACGCUAGACGGUGACCCUCGGACAAAUUCAUUCGCAAGUCCAGCGCACGAUUUUCUUGGUAAGAACAUAGGGAUCUGGUUCCUGGGUGGUUACGAUUCGUCUAUGUCGGGCUUGAAGUUGGCAAAUUUCUCCGGCUGCAUGGAAGAUCUAAACAUCGACGGUUUACACGUGUCGUUCUCAGGACCAAAUAAGUUCGCUACAAUUUCUUCUCAAGGUGGUUCAGUUGACGAGGGAUGUGGUGGCGGAAGUUUCUGCUCCUCUGUCACCUGCUCAGACGCCGAAAAACCUUAUUGCUUUGAAGAAUGGGAACUAGCUACCUGUAUCAGCGACAAGCAAUGUAAACCGAAUCCUUGCGGAAAGAAUGGGACCUGCCAGCCGCAGAAAGACGGGAGCUAUAUUUGUAAGUGCAACGGAGAGAUUGGAGUUUGCGUGGCAACCUCUGGUCCUAGAGGCGGAGAUGGUGACGACAAUUCACUAAGCACUGGAGUCAUCGCAGCUAUAGCUUUCUUUGCAGUGUUGUUAAUACUGAUCAUCGUGGCAGUGAUUUUCGCUCGUCGGUUUCGACGUCGUCAAAAGGCUAACGACAAGACGGUAACGGAGGGUUUUGACGCAGCUGUCACCGGGACUGAGUUGACUGCGGAUGUACAGGACGCCUCACAGAGAACCUCUCCCUCGCAUAGUAGUGAUGACAGCGGUGUAGUGAUUCGUAAUCCGAGUCAGAAGUCGCUGACUGAUUUGCGGCCGGCUACCCUUCAAAACGGCAAGGACAUUGUGAUACACAACGUCGGAGCUCCGGAAGAUUAUCAGAUCAAACUUACGAGAUCCCAGGAGAAACUCGACCCAGGAUUCUCCGAAUCCGACGGGGAAUUUAUCAUGCGUAACGAUGUGGCUUUGAAUAAGGAAGUGCCUGUUGGUCUUGGAGAUGUAUCAAGGCUGUCACGAACGCCGAAUCAUCGAAGCACACCACUGGAAAAGGACCACAUACGAUCGGCACCGACAAAUAAUCGAUCGAGGAAUCGUGAGCGGAAAAUUCCGAACCCUCACUUUAGGCAUGGCACGGACAAGCGGCAACCGUUAUCUAGAAGUAUCCUGGAUCCAAGAUUGCGUGUACCCUCCACGCAGCCAACGAAAUCUUCGCGACGCUUUCGAAAAGGUUCGCUGGGUUCUUCGAGCAGCGACGAACCUGCGGACUUCUCCGAUGCCGGUCACAGAUCCGAUGAUAACAACUCUGAAAGACUAGAACACUAUGAUAUUGAGGUAGCGAGCCUUGGCUAUAGUGAAGUGUCUUACCAAUAUGAUCCAAAUAUGUUCAAAGACCAUUCGUUGAACCGCCAAGAACCACGAGGAUUAUCAGCAGUAGAAAUCGAGAAACUUCGAAGGCAAGCACCAUCAGGAAGCUUACUCGAUGCUGUGUCCUCAGUAAGUGACGAAGAUGCCCCGACAAUCGAUAAGUUGUCAAGCGUUCUCGAAGUUCCCGACGCCCCCGACACUUCUAGCGAGAGUUCCGACGAUACUUUUACGUGUAGCGAGUUUGAAUACGACAACGAUGAACCCAGCCGAGAAGAUAAUGAACGUGGUAGUAUGAUAUUCUCCAAGCUUGUCAAUGGGGAUGGGGAGAACGAAAAUACUUCGAGGAGAGAACCGAACGAGGGACGAGCGUCAAACCGAGGAUCACUAAGUACUUUGAAUCUGAGCGAUGAUGAAAUUUUACCAAACGCUUUGAACAAUAAACCAACGAAUGGCAAGAAAGAUUUAUUCAACUGGGAUGAUGUGUUAAACUGGGGUCUGAGGUAUCACAAUCUUCGCGGAGUGUAUAAAGACAUUGCACAGCUGAAAGAUUCUACGAAUGCUACAAAGAACAAGGACGAAGAGUAUGUUUGAUAGAGCAAGAGAUGAAGUUAUUUUCCUAGGGAACAUUUUAUUUAUUUAUUAAGAAAAGGUUUGAAUUUACCAAGCCAAGUGAGCCAAAAAUGGUGUAUAUAGCAAUAUAGCGUGUUUUUAGAUUACUGUACGAGAGAAAAAUGUUUGACUCAGAUAGAAACUUUACAGAUGAUGCUUUUAGAUGAGUUUGGAGUUUUUUUUUAAAAAAUUGUAUUAAGUUUUCUGUGAAGACGAGAACAAGGAAAUUAUUUAUCCACUGAAAACUUCAAUUUGAAGCAAUUUUCAAGGGAUUUAAAGCUCUUUUACCAUACGUUUUCAUCAUUACGUUACGUCUCUCUCGUGUUACUAUACUCUUAGCGUUUUCAAUGGUCACAGUCCUUUAUUAUCCUAACAUGUUGUUUUUCGUUCUUUUGGAUCGACGAAUGACAUUAACUUGGGGACUUACCUGGGUUUGUUUUUAUACGAUCUGCAUGUGUUAUAAUUAAACGGCUUUUACCACUCGCAGAAUACAAAAAAGUUAUAUUUGUAAAAAAUGAGCGCGAUCGUUGAUGAAUGCUGAUUAAAGUAUGUUUUGUAUGA